AGUGACCUGGAAAGACCUGAAAAACUGCUGAGUGGACAAGGCAGGAUUAAAUCCCAACACUGGACAUCAUCAUUCCCAGCAUCCCCCCUCUGUUUAUACAGUAUACACGCAUACUGUAAAUAAACAUGGUCUUUUAGCAGAAGUGGAAGGAUUACUGAAAUGUUUUGCAUAGGCUGCCAGCACCCUAACUUUUAAACAGAUGUACAGCCACGCCGCACGCAUACACCGACAGACGAAAACCACAACGUUUGUUUGGCAAAUUUAACAUUUUGUGUCUGGUUCACUGAGCAGACAUGAAGUGCAGACAUAAAAAUCAUCCAACGCCAGCUUGUGGCUGCAGGCAUGUAGCCAUGGCCGUGACUGCAAUCACACACAAAGUCAGAAAAUUGAUCAGGAGUCGGUUAAAAAUAAAGCUUGUGGUUCAAUCAGCGAUGCAACUCACACUAUGAAGUUUAACCCAGAUGCUGACUGACAGAAAAACAUCACAAAGUCUGGAAGAGAGUCAAACGAUGACUGGGUAAUUUUCCUUUAAUCUGUACUCGCUCAGAAAUUUUAGUUGUAUAAAUACCAGGUUCAAGUCUGUUCUGCUUUACCGUCAUGCUGCUGUAAAGAUAAUGUCCACUCACAAGUGUGACGGACAGCAGCAGGUUGCCUAAACCCCCCUCACUCUCAUACAUACAGUACAUAUACACCCCCUAUCCACUGAGGUCAAGUACAAGACUGUAUGUGGGAAUGUCAGAUUUGAAAUGUUAUUUUGUUGUUCACUAUGUUUGCUCUAACCUUCUGAGCAUCUUCUCUGUUUCUUUGUUCUGUCUCUGUUGUUCCCACUGCUCACUCUUCAUCCCGUUCUGUCUCUUGCUCUUUCUCGGCAGGUUGCAGAAACAUGUCCACACGUACAGAAUCCUCCCAGAUGAUGAAGGAUUUCUGGCUGUACAGACGUCCCAGGGUGUGCAGCCUAAGCGGUUUAAAACACUACCAGAGUUGGUGUCACUGUACCUUCAGCCCAACCAGGGUCUGGUCACCACCCUGCUUUACCCUGUGGAAAGGGAGGAAACAGCUGUCAGUGAUGACAGAGACUAUUCAGAUGGGGAAGACGAGAAACCACCCCUCCCUCCUCGCUCUGCCUCCACUUUGACUUCCCCUGGACCAGACAUCCCUACAGACAGAGGAAGGAGGACGUUUGACAGGGAAAGUGACUGUAUCUCAGAAAUAGUAAGCAGCACAGAUGUGUACACACACUCGGUGGCAAGGUUAGAUCUGUUUCACAUACACAGCAUGCACUCCUGGGAAGCUCGUCUGGCCUCCAUGUACAACAGAGUCCAGCAGGCUCCAGCUCAUUAUGCCUCCUCCAGCCAGCCUGUGGGGACAUCCUGGUCCUCCUCCCUUCCCCUCCUCCAGUUCCCCCGGGCUCCAUCCUUGACCCACAGCAGAGUUCCUUGCGGCGGAAUGACUGUCUCGUUCUCUGUCCCCGAGUCAUCCACUCUGUCUCUGCUCACUGUCUCCGAGUUCUCUGCCCUGCUGACCUUUGUCUGCGCUGGCAACAGACAGACCACAGUGGCCUUUUGGGAUUUGGAGUCUGGGAAUGUGAGCUACGACCAGGUGGAGGGCGAAGCGGCCGUUGUUCAGUGCUGUGUAAAGAGACAGCACAGACUGCUGCUGAAGAAGGACGGUGUGUUCCAGCUGUUGUUCUCAGUUUCCCAGCAGGACUUGCUCAGCAGUUUGAUGUUGUUUGGCAGUGCAGCAACAGUAGAUGCAGUCUGUCACCUGAACAGCUGGGGGCGCUGCUCCAUCCCCAUCCACGCCCUCCAGGCUGGCCUGAAGAACCGUCAACUGGACACGGUGGAUUUCUACCUGAAGAGCAAAGAAAACAUACUGAACCCGUGGGCAGCGCUCGGCACUGCGGACCAGCCAGCAGCCUCCACGCUGAGCCUGACAGACAUUCCCCCUUCAGGCUCUGAAAGCUCUUCAGGACAUGAGUUUGACCUCUCCAUGCUCCCCAAUUCCUCUCUCCAUGCGUCACAGGUAAAGCUGGAUGUCUACCUAGCCGAGCUGACAAAGAUAGGAAAGAGUCAGAAGUACACUCUGUCUGUGGAUGUGGAGGGGGGACGACUGGUAGUGAUGAAGAAAGUGAAGGACAGCCAGGAGGACUGGACCACCUUCACACAUGACAAAAUCCGCCAGCUGAUCAAGUCACAGCGAGUGCAGAAUAAGCUGGGUAUAGUUUUUGAGAAGGAGAAGGACAAGAGCCAGAGGAGAGACUUUAUCUUUGCUAGUGCCAAGAAGCGGGAGGCAUUUUGCCAGCUGCUGCAGCUGAUGAAGAACAAACAUUCCAAUCAGGAUGAGCCAGACAUGAUUUCCAUCUUCAUAGGCACCUGGAAUAUGGGCUCAGUGCCUCCACCUAAGUCUGUGACGUCAUGGGUGUUGUGUCGUGGCCUUGGGAAGACUCUAGACGAGAUGACGGUCACCAUCCCUCAUGACCUUUAUGUGUUUGGAACCCAAGAAAACUCUGUAUGUGAUCGGGAGUGGGUCGAGUCACUACGUGCCAUGUUGAAAGAACAGACCGAACUGGAUUAUAAACCGAUCGCAGUGCAGACGCUGUGGAACAUAAAGAUUGCUGUGCUGGUGAAAGCUGAACAUGAGAACCGCAUCAGCCACGUGGGAAUGUCCAGUGUCAAGACAGGCAUCGCCAACACACUGGGUAACAAAGGUGCUGUGGGUGUGUCAUUCAUGUUCAACGGGACAUCUUUUGGUUUUGUGAAUUGUCACUUAACAUCAGGAAAUGAGAAGAUUGCCAGGAGGAACCAGAACUACCUUGAUAUCCUACGGCUGCUUUCACUAGGAGACAAACAGCUGAGCUCCUUUGACAUCUCACUUCGCUUUACACACCUUUUCUGGCUGGGAGACCUCAACUACAGGCUGGAUAUGGACAUACAGGAGAUUUUAAACUACAUUAACAGGAAGGAGUUUGAGCCUUUGCUGAAGGUGGACCAGCUCAACCUGGAGAGGGAGAAGAACAAAGUCUUUCUACGCUUUGCGGAGGAAGAGAUCUCCUUCCCACCCACCUACCGUUAUGAACGGGGCUCUAGGGACACGUAUAUUUGGCAGAAACAGAAGGCCACAGGGAUGAGGACUAAUGUUCCAUCCUGGUGUGACCGGAUCCUGUGGAAGUCAUACCCAGAAACACACACUGUCUGCAACUCCUAUGGUUGUACAGAUGAUAUAGUGACCAGUGAUCAUUCCCCUGUGUUUGCUACCUUUGAGGUGGGGGUGACCUCCCAGUUUGUGUCCAAGAAAGGUCUGCCAAAGUCCUCAGAGCAGGCCUACAUAGAGUUUGAGAGCAUAGAGGCCAUAGUGAAGACGGCGAGCAGAACCAAGUUCUUCAUCGAAUUCUACUCAACUUGUCUGGAAGAGUUUAAGAAGAGUUACGAGAACGACAGUCAGAGCAGUGACAACAUCAACUUCCUACGUGUGGGCUGGUCCAACAAGCAGCUAACAACGCUCAAACCUCUUCUGUCAGAGAUUGAGUACCUGCAGGACCAACAUCUGCUGCUGACAGUGAAGUCACUGGAUGGAUAUGAGUCCUAUGGAGAAUGUGUGUUGGCUCUGAAGUCAAUGAUUGGCAGCACAGCGCAGCAGUUCCACACUUACCUGUCUCACCGCGGUGAGGAGACAGGAAAUAUCAGGGGGUCCAUGAGGGUCAGAGUCCCCUCAGAAAGGAUGGGAACCAGGGAGAGACUCUAUGAGUGGAUCAGCGUGGACAAGGAUGAGACAGGCGGGCCUAAAGGGAAAUCCACGAUGGUAUCCAGAGUGGGACAUGACUAUAUCAAGCCAUCUAUGAUUCGGAAACCAUCAGGAGAGCUAGGCAAGGUCAAUGAGGAGGGAGAAAGAAUGAUCAAGGAGGAAACUGCUGCAAGGCCUAAGCAGGAUGCUUCAGACAGCGAUCCAUCCAUCAGCAAGAACAGCUACAAUAAUCCUGCCUACUACAUCCUGGAGGGUGUUCCCAACCAGUCAGCAGCUGCUCUCUCGCCUGAGCUUCUCCCAUCUCCUACCUCCACAAACCCCCAGGCAGCUAAACCCCCUCCUCCCUCAGCUGGAGCCCGAACCAAACCCCCUUGCGCAGCCUCAAUGCCUCUACACCAGCGCAGAAUCAUGGCAGGACACACGGUCCGUGCCAUUAGUGAGGAGGGGUCCUCAGAAGAUGAUGGAGGUGCUUGUGUGGUGGGGGCACAGGGGGGAGGUGUCGGAGGAACGGUUGGAAGCACACUGAAUCGACCCCCUCCAGACUUCCCUCCUCCUCCUCUCCCUAAGGGAGCCCUGGAGAUGGGUGCAGACGCCCCCUUCCCCAAACCUCGCCCUCUUUACCCAGACCUGGCAGAAGUCAGGAUCCCAGCAGCCAAUCCUGGUGCCCCACUGGCCCUCGGAGAGACCUUUUGGCGCGGAGGAGGAGGAGGAGGAGGAGGAGGAGGAGUUGGACCAGGAGCGUUGGAUGACCAGUCAUGUUCUGUGCUCCAGAUGGCAAAGACACUGAGUGAGAGUGAAUUUCCUGGGCAGCCUACACGCACUCCCUCUGCUCCGCCGCCUCUAAGAGGGCAGUCCAUGGGUUUAGGUCUUGACACCUGCCGCACCUUCCCACCCAGAAAUCCCAUCACAGAGAGCAUUGCAGAGGACAUGCCUGAGGAGGCACUUUGGGGAAGCCGUAGUUCGUCAUUGUCUGUGGGAGAAUCUUCGGUGGGGGAGUGGCUGCAGAGACUGGGACUGGAGCGGUAUGAACAGGGACUUCUACACAACGGCUGGGACGACCUGGAGUUCCUCAGUGAUAUCACUGAAGAGGACCUGGAGGAGGCGGGAGUGCUCGACCCCACCCACAAGCGAAUCCUGCUGGAGAGCCUCAGGCAGUAGCAGCAGAAAUAAACUGCACCAAACUGGUCUAUGACUGGUCCAAAGCGGCCUGGUACCACACCAGGUCCCAAGAGGCCAAAUCUCAGCUAAACUGAACUGAGCUGGAAUGUGCCACUUGAUGCCAGACUGUGCCUUCUGAGAGAAAUUGCACUUCAUUUGUACUUUCCUUUUUUUUUUUUUGCAAACACUCUGAACCUACAUCAUUUUUCACAUGUACUGUACGUAUGUGUUGUCAUUGUCAUUGAAGUGGCCUUAUUUAAUGAUAAUCAGUUCAGUCUUUCAAGCAUCACUACAUAAGCCCCGACCUUAAGCCAACUGAGAAGAGGCAGGAUGAAAUAAUAUUUUUCUGGCCAGACACAAUUGGAGACGCGACUCAUGUAGAGCAGCUGAAGACUUGAUGUCACAUCAUCACAUCUGACCUACAGCUUCAAGCCAGAAUUAAAGUUUUCUUUUCUUUGUCUUGAGAAACCUUAACUGAGGACUGGCAGAGUUUCCUCAGAAGUGGGAAAUGUCAGGCUUGUAAGUUGAAAGCAAAACGAAAAGGGGGCUUUUAGCUUUGAAAGCACACUGCCCGUGUUUUGCCCCCUCAGUUGAAACUUUUUUUUUUUUUUUUGGGAAAACUCCCAUGUUCUUCUGAGAGUCAGAGCUCCCAUUAGGGAAACUGUGGUAAUUGUUAGAGAGCACCUGAGAUAAUGUCAAGCCACCAUCACCCUUCUGUAAUGGAGCUGGACAGGAAGUGGAGGCAGGAGAAGAACUGGGAGUGUCAGACUGCCUUUUAAAAUUUGUUUUUGCUUUGCUUCUGUGAUCAUGUUUGGGCCACUUUAAUUGAAAUGGUGGAAUUUACUGUCUCGGUAUCUCUGCGUGUAUUUAUGGUUUUAUGUUUUUCCAUGAUAAAGGGAAUAUGGAACAAAC